AAACAUUUGUUUUCUAUACCAUUAAUUGAUUUUAUUGAAUAAUUUAACUAAAUUUAAUACUAUGGCAUAUUCAAUCAAUCAACAAGAAACUUGUAACAAAUUCGAAAGUAUCCAUCAUUCAUGUGAUUGCUGUAAAAAAAGAAGGGAAAAAAUAAUGAUUGAACAAAUAAAACCAACAUCAUCACUGUUAGUAGAUGAUAAUUCUCAUUUAGAUAAUAAAAUAAAAAAUGCAUUCAAUGUAAUGAAAGAACGUUUUGGAGAUUUAACUGAACGUCGACAAUUUUUGAUCGAAAAAGUCGGUAACAUUGAAAAAAUAAUGCCAUUAUUAAUGGCUUACAAUGUUUCGUCAGAUUCCUCAUCAUCUUCAUCGACAAAUAAAAUUGUGAAUAUUGUUGAUAUAAUAUCUCCUUAUCAAACUCAAGAUGACGAUAAUAAAAACAAUAAUAAUUUAAAUGAAGAAAUUAAAAACUCGAUACAUAUUUUAAAUGAGACGAAAUUAUAAAAACAGAUAUAGAAUUACAAGAAUCGAUAAUGAAACUUGAGUCUCUGCAAGCUGUCAAUUUGGAGCUUGAAAAUAAAUUAUCGAGCAUGAGAAAUAACAACCAAAGUCCUGAAUUAAUGACUUUACACAAUUUAUAUUCAAUCAUAACUCAAAAUAACAGUGAUAAUGAUGAUUAUAUUUUAAACUGUUUACCAAAAUUACGACAAUUUAUACAACAAGAAAUUCGUUUGAAGAAAUGCAUUAAUGUUUUAGAAAAUCGUGAACAAUGUUUGAGUACACAGCUAGAUAAAUUACUAUCAAAAGAUAAAAAUUAUGAAUUUAAAACGAUGACUAAUCCUACAAAUAAAUUUCAAAAAGUUAAUAUUUAUCAUUAUAGCUAUUAUUUUAUUUAAUUACCAUUAAGUUUUGACUUUAUUUAUUUAUUUUGAUGUAGCAAUGCAUUGGAAAAAAUUAUCGUCAAUGGGAAAAUAAUAAAUUUUUUCGUUCUUGCGAGUGUCCAAGGAAAAAAAUCACUCAUAAUAAUGAUGAUAACAUCGAUAUAGAUUUGAGUAAAUAUUGUGAUUGUUGUCUCUUGAAUAAGAAAUGAUAAUUAGGAUUAUAGGGAAAAAGAAAUAUACAGACAAUGAAAUAAAUUAAAUAAUGAUAAUAAUAAUUAAUUCACAAAAUAUAUAUAAAAAUUGUUAGUUGAUCAAAAUAUUCAUAAUAAUCAUAUAAAGGCAACUCGAUUAAUUGUAUAAAAAACCUUAUUAAUAUUUUAUUCAUUUUUUUUUUUUCAAAUGUAAAUAUAUAAUUUUACUUAAAAAACGACACGCGAGGCACUUUAUGGCAUCUAGGAGGCUGUUAAAAUCUAUUAAACACGCGAUAAUAAAAAUUUUAUAAUUAUAUUAUUGUUACAAUAAAAUUCUUAGUAUAAUAUAUAUUGAGUACUUUUUUUAAAAAUCAUAUGUUAUAAAUAUAUUUAUAUUAAAAAAUACUAUCCCUUUACUUUUAUAUAAAAUUUGACUGGUAUGUUAACUAUGUAAAUGUUAUAAUAGACUUUAAAAAUUUUAAAUUUUGUUUUAAGUUUUUUUAUUAGCUUGACUAAUUAGCUGCUUUAGCUUCGGCUUGUAUUUAUUUUAUAUAAAAAAUAAUAUUUAUAACAAUUUAAAUAUUUCUCAUACUUACAAUCAAUCAAUCAACUAAUUACAUUAAUAUAAAUUAUCAUUUU